UGUGUUAGUGAAUGAGACAAGUAUCCAAGGAAGAGCAGCUCAAUUCAUGAGGUUCAGGGAAGUUAAAGAGGCUGAGAGGAGGACCUUUUCAAAGGCUAAAAAGAAACCAAACAUUACGGUCAAGAUUUCGAUUGGCAUAAUGACCAGAACAAAAUAUGGGUUAAAACCUAUAAGAGGGAAAACCUUGCCAUUAAAUGUUGAACCCCUGUGGUCAUCAAAACAAAUUUUGCCAGCUGCUAUAAAAAAACAGCGAGAUUUUAAUCAAGACACAAUGUACGAUGGAGAAUAUGUCAUGGUCUAUCCUGAUGGCUCUGAGGUACAAAAUAUACCAGGCACAGAAAGACCCUUUGUCCUUGAACAUUAUAAAGAGGCCAUUGGAAAGGCUUACCAGAGGAUCGUACUGUACAUCUGCCCCCUUCAGGAUUUGAGUCAUGGAGAUGACUCAUCUUCAGAAUCCGAUGAUGAAGCAUUUGCUAGGCUUCCAAUGAAAAUUUUACCAAAACAAUGUCCACCAACAAUGUCCAGGCCAUCUGAUGGGCAAGCCAACGGAGCAAGAGCAGAACCCAAAAACACCACAUCAUGUGACUUCUACAACACAUAUACCAAGAUCUAUGCACCAGUUGUCAUUGACAGCAGUUGCUCUGAUGUUGAGGACGUAGAGAAUUUUCAGGAGGAAGACAGAGACACAGAUAUUGGACUGACGGCUGCAGACACUCAUAAACACAAAAAGCUGUAG